AAAGCUUCAAAAGUUGUGCUAUUUGUGUAAUUUUGUCAACAAAUUUCCAGGUAGUGUCCUUUUCCCGAAGCCGAAGCUCAAUUGGACUCACAAAAUCCGAUCCAUUAAGGCCCAAUUUUGAAAUCUGGCCGUAACCUCUUCUUCUCUCCUUCUCCUGCGAAAUUUGUGUACACUGUAAUCUAUUUUCCGGGGAAAUCAGUAGACUGUAAAUCGUGAUGAUCUAACAGGAACAUUGGAUUCCGGCCUUUGUUGUUUGGAAUUGGGGGUUUCCUGCCAAGAUAUGCUAGGAAAAAGAGUAUGCAGUGGAUGGCGUCCCUUCCUUUUAUGUUUACCUCUUUUUUUCAUUUUCGCUCAUAUGCUUUCAGUAGUUUUAGAACUACGGCAACAUUCAGCUCUACAAGUUCCACAAAGGAAACAACAAUAUAAGAAGUUUGAUCAUCUGGUUUUUGGACCUGCUGCGGGUGAAGGCUUGUCUGAUCGGCUACAGUGCGAAGGCAACAAAGCUCUCACCAAGACACAUUUUGGAGCAUCUUCUAAAAAUAUGAAGCCAGGAGACAAUAUUUCCAUCGUCACUGUAUUUGCCACAUAUAAUACUGCUGUUGAUCAGCAGACAAAUGGCAAAUCAAUAGAGAUGGUUACGGUUGGGAACAUUUCCUACAACAAGGUGGAGAGGUCAAUUGCCAUUUUGAAUGUCUUUGUUAAUUUCAUUCAGGAGACCAUGCCUCAAAGCAACAUCAUCAUCCUUACUAAUCCUUCAUCUAAACUUCCAGUGGAAAGAGAUAGACUGACCAUUCUACCCAUUCAAGGUGAUUAUUCACGAGAAAUGUUGAUGCUACAAAGAAUCAGGUCUUACAUUGUAUUUCUUGAAACUAGAGCUGCAGAGCAUUCAAAGGGACAAGUGAAUCAUUACAUAUUUACCGACUCGGAUAUAGCAGUGGUUGAUGAUUUGGGGCAGAUAUUUAGUGAUAACCCCGAUUUUCAUGUGGCUCUAACAUUCCGUAACAACAAAGAGCAGCCUCUGAAUUCAGGAUUUAUAGCAGUGAGGGGCACUCCUGAGGGAAUUCUAAGAGCAAAGUUUUUCUUGGAAGAAGUACUAAAAGUCUACACAUCAAAGUUCAUGAAAGCUUCCAGAAUGCUCGGGGAUCAAUUAGCUCUUGCCUGGGUUGUAAAAUCUCACUCUUCCUUUGAUGCCAGAAGGUUUACUAAAAAACAAGCAUUUAUGGACCAGAUCAGUGGCGCUUCAGUCCUAUUUUUGCCGUGUUCCAUUUACAACUGGACACCACCAGAGGGUGCCGGUCAAUUUCAUGGGAUGCCCUUGGAUGUUAAGGUUGUGCAUUUUAAGGGAUCAAGAAAGAGACUUAUGCUGGAGUCUUGGAGCUUCUUAAAGUCAACGUCUUCUUCAGAUAUCGCCGACAUGUUAUGCCUAAUCCUAAGAAGUGGCAGGGCGAAGUACGAUUUCUAAUUCAAAUUGAAUUUGGUCUUAUCAGUCAGAGGAUAUACAUUCCCAACCCCCCCCCCCCCCCCCCCCCCCCCCGCGAGUAAGAGCGUCCACAUUCAUAUAAAAGAAUGACCAGGCUGUUUGAGGUUGUUCGUUGUAAGACCAGUCAACAUUCACGAUCCAAACGGAGCUUGAUGUUAAACAACAGGUCAAUAUUGCCGCUCCGUUGUGACUUUAGAGAUUCAGAUUACUGAUCGUUUCUAACUAAAAUGGAACAGACACAGCUUGUAGUCCUAUUUUUUGUCUAACUAUAUGUAAGUUCUUGAAUAUUGAUUCCAUGUUUCCUUCUUUGUUUUCUAGAAAUUUCAACAAAAUAUGUAUCGGCAUUUAACUUUUGUGCUGUGUUCUAUAGGAACUUCAACACUGUUUUCUCU